AUGACGAUCACCAUUGAACAACCUCAGCUCGAUGUGGUGCCGGAGAGGAAGGUCCCCGCCGGCGGCGACCCCGCGGAGCUGGUGCUCGACGCCGGCUUCGUCGUGCCGGACGCCAACGCCUUCGGCAAUACCUUCAGGAACUACGACGCGGAGUCGGAGCGGAAGCAGACGGUGGAGGAGUUCUACCGGGUGAACCACAUCAGCCAGACGUACGAGUUCGUGUCGCGGAUGCGGGCCGAGUACGGGCGGCUAGACAAGACGGAGAUGGGCAUCUGGGAGUGCAUCGAGCUGCUCAACGAGUUCAUCGACGACAGCGACCCGGACCUGGACAUGCCCCAGAUCGAGCACCUCCUCCAGACCGCCGAGGCCAUCCGCAAGGACUACCCCGACGAGGACUGGCUCCACCUCACAGGCCUCAUCCACGACCUGGGCAAGGUGCUGCUGCACCCAAGCUGUGGGGAGCUCCCUCAGUGGGCUGUCGUUGGUGACACCUUCCCCGUCGGCUGCGCAUACGACGAGUGCAACGUCCACUUCAAGUACUUCAAGGAGAACCCUGACUACCACAACCCCAAGCUCAACACCAAGCUGGGGGUCUACUCCGAGGGCUGCGGCCUCGACAACGUGCUCAUGUCAUGGGGCCAUGACAACUACAUGUACCUGGUGGCCAAGGAGAACAAGUGCACCCUUCCUUCCGCGGGGAUGUUCAUCAUCAGAUACCACUCGUUCUACCCCCUGCACAAGCAUGGAGCCUACAUGCACCUGAUGAACGAAGAGGACAAGGAGAACCUCAAGUGGCUGCAUGUGUUCAACAAGUAUGACCUGUACAGCAAGAGCAACGUCAGGAUCGACGUGGAGAAGGUGAAGCCCUACUACAUGUCCCUAAUCGACAAGUACUUCCCGGCCAAGCUAAGAUGGUGA